AUUUUUUCUUUAUAGUUUCUGUAAAAUUCAUAUUCUUUCUACUAUCUUGCUAUUCCUUCCGUUUUACUUUCUAAGCUCUUUUAUCCCUCGUAUCUCAAAUACAUAUCUCACCCGAAGGUCGUUUUUUUAGGAAAUCCGACAAAGUAACAAAUGUCAAACAGCAGAAAUAGUACGUUUCUGUUUGACUUGUCAAACCAAGAGCAGCGGAAGAUGGAUGAAGAUAGUAUAACACAAUGUCUUCGAACUGCUUUUCAGAAUAAUGUAAUUUAUUCUCGCGCUGGAGAUUCAGUUUUAGUUGCUAUGAACCCGUACAAACAGAUGCCUUUUUUAAGCCAGCAGUAUGUAGCAGAGUACAAAGAUACCACUGCGACAGUAGACGGACAGCAACAAGAGCCUUUACCGUCUCAUAUUUAUAAACUAACAAACCAGGCUUAUCUACAUAUGCGAAGAACUGGUAUUGAUCAGUCUCUUAUACUUUGUGGCGAAAGUGGAAGCGGAAAAACAGAGUUCUUCAAAACAAUUUUAUCCCAUCUGAUUCAGCUGUCAUCACACAAAAAAGAAUCCAAGCUGCAAACCCAAAUCAACAAUGUACAAAUCCUGUUGGAAGCGUUUGGUAAUGCUAGGACUGUCUUGAAUGACAAUGCGUCUAAAUUUGGUAAAUACAUGGAAUUACAGUUUAAUGAGCGGGGCCGUAUGGUAGGCGCUAUGCUUCUUAAUUAUCUCUUGGACAAAUCACGGGUAACCGAAUGCCCACAGCAUGAACAAACCUUCCACAUAUUUUAUCAAUUACUGGCUGGCGCUUCAGCAGAAGAGAAGCAUAUUUUACAACUCAACGACGAUAUUCAAUACAGAUAUGUACCUAGAAAAAUGGCAGCAGCAGGUCGGGAAGCAGAGCAAUUCAAAGCAAUUAAGCAAGCCAUGAAAAUACUCGGCAUCCAUAAAAAAUAUCAAGCUCGUAUUUGGCAAUUCUUGGCUUGCUUAUUGCAUCUUGGCCAACUUGAAUUUGUGGAUGACCAUACAAUACAAGAGUCUGCCUUUGUGAAGAAUCAAGCAGAAUUAAACCUAUGUGCGGAUUUUCUAGGUGUUGAUCCCCAUGCUCUAGAGGAUAUAUUCACUUACAAAACUCAACUCAUCAAAAAGGAUGUAACAACACUUAUUCUGGACGCAUCAGGUGCCUCCAAACAAAGAGAUGAAAUUGUAAAAUCACUCUAUUCUUUAUUGUUUACAUGGCUUGUGGAACACAUCAACAAAAGGUUGUCGUUCAACACAAUUCACAACUUCAUAGGUAUUCUUGAUCUACCUGGGCCGAGACUUCAGUUUUCAAACAACAGCGGCGGUAAAGGGUUCUCAGCUUCAUCAAUAGCAGAUUUCAACGCAUUCUGCAUCAAUCUUUCUAAUGAGCGUUUGCAGCAUUUUUUGCAAAAAGCAAUUUUUGAAGUUGACGUGGCCGAAUAUCAAUCUGACGGAUUGGCUACGGAAGAAGUUCCUUACUUCAAUAACCAAGCUUGUGUAGAAUUAUUGACGCGUCGACGAGAAGGCUUAACCGAUAUCAUAAAUCAUUAUGCAAAAUCACCCUCAUCCUCAUCUCCUGUAUCUGAUAGCGAUAUUAUCGACACAUUUGCAAAGUACAACAAUGAGCAUGCAUCAUUUGCUAUAAAACAAGCAGAUACGGGAGCAAAACUAUUUGCCAUUCAACAUUUUGCCGGCCAAGUGACUUAUAGUCCUUCACGUUUCUUAGAAAGUAAUAAGGAUAUUCUUAAUCCGGAUUUAGUUCAAUUAAUACGUGGAAGUGAUACAGCUCCUGCAUCCUAUAAUCACUUUGUCGUUGAAUUAUUUUCGAACGAUAGUAUUCAGACUGAAACACAUCCUAAACAAACGGCAGCUAUUCUUAAUGCUCAACAAAAGAGUGGACCUCUAAGGGGCCCUUCCAUGCGCAGGACAAAAUCAACCAAACGUAGAGGUUCAAUACUGCAGCCGCCAGUCAUUAUGGAAGAGGAUAAUAAUAAUAAUAACGAGAAACCAUCAUCGAGAAAGAAGAAUCAGGUGUCUACAGUAUUAUCGCAAAUCAAUAAAUCGUUUGACGAAUUAUUCAAAACAUUGGACGAAACAAUUCCUUGGUUUGUCCUUUGUAUCAAACCGAAUGAUAGUGCAGCACCAAACCAAUUUGAUAGUCAUCGUGUUCGAAACCAAAUCAGAGCUUGGGGUGUACCUCAGCUUUGUAAACGGCUGCAAGUUCAAUAUACAAAUAUACUGUUCUUUGAAGAAUUUUUGGAACGUUACGCAAAUAUAAUCUCAGCGAAAAAACAGGAUCAGCAGCCUUUAGGCCAGCAAGAGUUGAUUGACGCAAUAGAAGAUGCCAAUGCAAGAGAAAAGUGUCAAAGAGUUAUCACCCUUUUUGGAUGGACUGAUAAACAAGUUGCUUUGGGCAAUUCAAAGAUUUUUUUAUGCGAAACUGUAUGGGAGCUGCUUGAGGAUAUAUUGCGUACAGAAGAAAAAGCUCAACAACGAAAAUUAAAGGAUGAAAAACGGAUAAAUGACAACAUGGCGGCAAUUGCCACCGGUACAAUUGCUGCUGCUGCACCUAUCAUGAAUCUGGAAGGAGAAGAUCAAAAUUCAGAAACUUUAUCCAAUAUGUCUUACAGCUCGCAUACAGAAUUUUUAAAUCCUGCUGUGAACACGCCCUUAGGGCAAAACACUGGACGAUACGACGCUGCUGCUAUUGCCGCUGCAUCUGCUGGACUUCCCUUACCUAGAAACCCUAAUUCUGCAUCGGGAUCUGUAUAUACUGAUGAUCAACGGUCGUUCCUUUCUGACGAUGAAUUCCACAACCAGCAGCAUCGGCAGGGUGCAACAACAAACAGUAGUUAUCAUGAUACUGAAUCGCAAUUCGGCGGCUCUGAGACGUAUGGCAUACACAACAGUUAUACAAAUCCUGAACUCAAGCAUAUGCUUUCCACACCUGUAGUCGAAGAGGUUGGCCCAACAGAAGAUGAAGAUGAAAAACCAACACGUGCACGUCGCCACUGGCUCAAUUUUGUAUGGUUCAUGACUUGGUGGAUCCCUACACCUUUUCUAGUUAUGUGUGGUAAAAUGAAGCGUCCAGAUAUUCAAAUUGCAUGGCGUGAAAAAAUGACUCUUUGUUUGUGUAUCUUCUUGACAUCGGGCUUUAUUAUAUGGUUCCUUGUUUUUUUCGGUGCAUUGGUAUGCCCCCAUCAAGACGUUUUCUCUACUUCAGAAUUACAGAGCCAUUCAGAUAAAGAUAAUGCAUAUGUUGCCAUUCGAGGUGAAGUCUUCGAUUUAACGAAAUUUGCACCACACCAUUGGGCCAGCCAAGUCAUUCCUCAAAGUGCCAUUCUAGAAUAUGGUGGCAAGGAUGUCUCCCCGCUAUUCCCAGUUCAAGUUUCUGCUCUUUGUCAAGGUGUGACAGGCAAUGUAUCACCGUAUGUCUCCCUGGACUUCAAUGCGAACUUGACAGAUUCCAAUGCUCGAUAUCAUAAUUUCCUACCCAAUAGCGGAGAUCCACGUCCUGAUUGGUAUUUUGAAAAAAUGACUUAUUUGCGUAAAAACUACAAGCUUGGUGCCAUGGGCUUCACCCCAAAAGAUAUAGCAACACAAGCAACCAAUCCAGUAGAUAUGUCUGGUAUCAAGACAACACGACAAUGGGCAAUAUUAAAUGGUAAUGUAUAUGAUCUGACAUAUUAUUCAUUGGGUGGACGCCGGUUUGAUCUUCCUGAAAACGUCGCAUCUCCAGACCCUUCCGAAUUAAACUUCCUGGACAAUGCUGUGGUAACCUUAUUUCAGCAGAAGGCUGGUCAAGAUAUUACAGAAGCAUGGAAUGCUUUGCCUUUGGAUCCAGCACUCAAGUCUCGGCAAGAGGUUUGCUUGAGAAAUCUAUAUUAUGUAGGCGCUGUAGACCAACGUAAUUCAGCUCGUUGUUUGUUUGCGGAAUAUUUGCUGCUUAUUGUCACUGUCUUUCUUUGUUUGGUGAUUGUCUUUAAAUUCUUGGCUGCUUUACAAUUUCGCUCACGUCGCGAACCAGAGAAGCACGAAAAAUUCGUUAUUUGUCAAGUACCCUGCUAUACUGAAGGAGAAGAAGAACUGAGGAAAACCAUUGAUUCCAUCAGUGCUUUGCAAUAUGACGAUACACGCAAGUUGCUAUUCAUUAUUUGCGAUGGUAUGAUUAUCGGUGGUGGUAAUGAUCGUCCUACACCGCGCAUUGUACUCGACAUUUUGGGUGUGGAUCCUAGUAUUGAUCCAGAAGCUCUUUCCUUCUUUUCUGUUGGUGAAGGUCAGAAGCAACACAACAUGGCUAAAAUAUAUUCUGGUCUCUAUGAAACACAUGGUCACGUCGUACCGUACAUUGUAGUGAGUAAAGUGGGCAAGCCUACAGAAAGACAAAAGCCGGGUAAUCGUGGUAAACGUGAUAGUCAGCUUAUUUUGAUGAACUUCUUAAACAAGGUUCAUUUUAAUUCGCCAAUGACACCCUUUGAACUUGAACUGUACCAUCAAAUUAAAAACGUCAUUGGCGUAAAUCCAAGCUUUUAUGAAUUUAUACUCAUGGUGGAUGCUGAUACUGAAGUUAUGCCUGAUGGACUGAACAAAAUGGUGUCUGUUUUUACACACGAUUCCAAAAUUAUCGGGCUAUGCGGCGAAACUGUUUUGUCUAAUGAAAAAUCCACCUGGGUGACGAUGAUACAAGUGUACGAAUAUUUUAUUUCUCACUAUUUGAUUAAGGCUUUCGAAUCCUUGUUUGGAUCUGUCACCUGUUUGCCUGGUUGUUUCUCUAUGUACCGUAUUCGAUCACCUCAAAUGAACAAACCUCUUCUAGUAUCCAACCAAAUCAUUGAAGACUAUUCUAUCAACAAAGUUGAUACACUGCAUAAGAAGAAUUUGCUACACCUCGGUGAAGACCGUUAUUUGACUACUUUAAUCUUAAAGCAUUUUCCCAGUUACAAAACCAAGUUCGUAUCAGAUGCUAAGUGUGCAACCAACGCUCCAGAUCAAUGGAGCGUUUUACUAUCACAACGUCGCCGUUGGAUCAAUUCAACUAUCCAUAAUUUGGGAGAACUGGUUUUCUUACCUCAACUUUGCGGUUUUUGCUGUUUUUCUAUGCGUUUUGUGGUUAUGCUGGACUUGUUAAGUACUUUGGUACAGCCUGCUAUUGUCGGCUAUCUUGUAUAUCUUAUUUACAUGUUGGCUACUUCAACUUCUGGUGUGCCUAUUAUGUCCAUUGUCACUAUUGCUGGUGUUUACGGCCUUCAGGCAAUCAUUUUCUUGGUACAUCGAAAAUGGGAGUAUAUUAUGUGGAUGAUUGUAUCUAUCUUUGCUAUUCCUGUAUUCUCAUUCAUGAUUCCCAUAUACGCUUAUUGGCACUUUGACGAUUUCUCGUGGGGUAAUACACGUGUUGUUAUGGGAGAAAAGGGCAAGAAGGUGGUUAUGGCUGAUGAAGGCAAAUUUGAUCGCAAAUCGAUUCCUGUAAUGACGUGGGAUGAAUACGAAAAGAGCAUGUAUGAUGAUGACUUCAAUGGGGGUAGCGGUAUGUUUAAUGAUAAUAUGUCAGUUGGAUCUUACGGCUCUCAAAAGUCAGGUUACAGCCAUGGCACUUAUUAUAGUCAGCACAGUUAUACGAGCCGACCCAUGGGUCAAUAUACCAACAUGACUGCUGCUGGUAGUAACCAGUCAUUCAUGAUGUACCCUCCGCAAACAACAAGAGCGUCUUCACCAGCUUACAAUAACAAUUUAACUCCAUUCCAAACACCUGUACCAGGCUAUACCGCACCAAAUGUGACGGGAGGUCGUAAUACGGCCAUGUCAGGUCAUUUUCAUAAUCAAACACCUUUUCAAUAACUUAGAUUACCGUAGAUUGCCUCUUGUUACCUUUACAAUAGCAGUGCAAACAUAACUAUCAUCUAUCAUAUCUUAAAAAAUUUAUAUUCAAAAGUAAAAGCAUUGAGUUGAAGUAUAAAUACAUAUUUAACAAGUACAUAACUUAAUAUAUGAGCCGAAGAAUCGCUGUAAAAUAAUAAACACCGUGUAUUUUAUGUAUAAAAUGUGUAUACCAG